CUCACAACGGGGACAACCUCAAGAGCUUAUCCCAUUUAUAGAAUAUCAAACGAAGGUCUAUCAAUUGCUCACGUUUUUGGAUAUCAAGCAAGAAGUUCAAAAAUUCUGUGGGUUUUUUUCCAGAAAUAGUGAAAUCAGUAGGGUCUACUUCAAAUCUUUAGUCUUUUUCGACGGAGAUUAAAGAUUUCAUAGGAAUUUUACGCAUUUCGGAUUCAAGAUAAGAAAAACUUGCAAGCACACUUUCUUCUGGAUUACUCAUUGUACUUUCCACAACUUUUCAAUCAUGGAUACUUUAGCUCACACGAUUGCUGCAUCCAUUUUCAUCAAAAUGGAUGCAAGGGUCAAGCUCUGGUGAGUUGCCAAACUGGGCACUCAACCUCACCAUCCUAACUGAGUACAUCAACACCCUCCUCCCAAAAGAGCGAGACAUCCUCUUCGAUAAACUAGGCAUCAAAAGUAUCAGAGAUUUAGAGUCGCUGUUCCUAUCGCAAAACGAGAUGCAUGUCGAACCGUACGAAGAGCAACUUAUGAACAUCACAGAGUAUUGGUUAAGCAAGCAUCUACGGCUGAUUGUUCCACCAAUAUUGAUAGUGAUCGGCACAAUAGGAAACAUCCUAUCCUGUAUCAUAUUGCUUCGGCGGCAAAUGGCACGGAUUUCAACCUAUGUCUAUCUUGGUGCUCUAGCAAUUGUGGAUACCUUCGUCCUCUACAUGGGGCUGUUUCGAAUAUGGUUAGGAGAAGUGGCCGAUUUCAAUAUAAUGGGAAAACACGAUGCUAUCUGCAAGAUAUUUAUGCUGUUGGGUUACACAGCCAGCGAUUUUUCUGUAUGGAUAAUUGUUGCUGUGACUGUUGAACGUUACAUUGCCGUCUGUUUUCCGCUACAGGCAAACGUCAUGUGCAACACAAAACGCGCCUUAUUUGUGAUUUUGGCGAUACUGGCCGUGAUAUUAACUAUAAACCUACACUUCCUGUGGACAGUAAAAGUCGUAGAGUUCAAAGAAUUUGGUGAACAUGUUAAGAAGUGCACAGGAGGGGAGCGGUACCAGGAUUUCAUCCGCAUUUGGCCGUGGGUUGAUGCGUUCAUCUAUUCAUUUCUCCCUUUCAUUCUAAUCAUGAGUCUAAAUUUUCUAAUCAUACGGCAAGUGUUUCUUGCACAUCGUGACCGGGAACAAUUUCUAUCCAAUGACUCACAACGCCGCACAACCUCUCAAGACACUGGCUACAAAAUCACUGUCAUGCUUUUGUCAAUAUCUUUCACCUUCCUCUUAACAACAUUACCAAUGGUAAUUUGUAUGAUCAUUGGCGCCAUACUGCAAUCAGAUACCGAUCUGAAAGUCAUAGCGCAGAUAUCGCUAGCGAGCACGAUUACGGAGUACCUCAUGUAUAUAAAUCACUCUAUGAACUUUUUCCUGUAUUGCGCAACAGGGCAGAAAUUCCGUCAACAACUUUCUCGUCUGGCUUGCUGGAAAACUGAAAUGAACCAGUACAGAUCACAAAUGGUUUCUGAAAGCAUGACGGUAAAUGGUGGGACCUACAACUGUACAUAUCGCUCCCGGAACGCUGAUCAAACUGAGAUGAUUGAUGUGAAUAACAGGUCCGGUAAACAGUGUCUUCUAAACCGAACUGUGACAUAGAGCAGUACCUCUCUAUCAGGGAUUUGAAGGCCCUGUUGCAGCAGGGGUGAAGCUGUCGAUCCAGGGGGUCCAAAUUGGAAUCAGUGCUGUCCGGACCAAGUGGAGACCCUUCAGAUCAAACAUUGACCAGAACCAAUCAAAUCGGAUAUCCAUUUUCGAAAUGUUGUGGAGGUUUCCCAGUACUGUUGCAUGCCCCGAAGGCUCUUUCUAAAUAGAUUUUGAGAAUGCCAGGAAACUGAAAAACAACGAUCGAAGACAACCCAAAUUGUGAGAAAACCUGGCUGAUAUAUGGAUCUUGGGCUCUUCCAUCAAUGAUUUCUAUGAGAAAUGACUGGGGAAAGUUGCGGAAGGAAAGUAACAAAAGGUGACAAGGUCAACCAAGUUGGAAAGAGCCUCUGGAACAUGAUCACACGGAAAAUACAUUAGAUGACAAUUUCUGAAUAAUUGUGUUUUCUAUGCUGAUUUGUAAAUAAGCUGUCUUAAAUCAUGUCUUCAAUACAUCGAUUGAAAUAUU